UUGAUAGGCCCUUUCCCCAAAUCAACCUGAAUGUUUAACUGUGCCUACUUGAAAGACCAAACGCUGUGCCUUGCAGUUUGAUAUUUCACUCCUGCUGACCAACCUUACUAUGAUUUGGGCGUAUUGGUCGCCUGGUGACCCGUGCCGCCGCCAAGAGCGGAGAGGUCAAUAUCGUUGCCAUCAAUGACCCCUUCAUCGACUUGAACAACACGGUCUACAUGUUCAAAUAUCACUCCACCCAUGGUGUUUGGAAGCACAGUGAAGUGAGGCAAGAGAAUGGCAAGCUGAUCAUUGGCAUCCUCCACAUCCCAGUUUUCCAUGAGAGGGACCCUUCCCAGAUCAAGUGGAGAGAGGCUGGAGCUGCCUAUGUUUUGGAAUCUACCGGUGUGUUCACCACCAUCAACAAGGCCUCUGCUCACCUGCAGGGAGGUGCCAAGGGAGUCAUCAUCUCCGCCCCCAGCGCCGAUGCCCCCAUGUUCGUGAUGGGUGUCAACCACCAUCAUUACGAUAACUCCCUGAAGGUUGUCAGCAACGCCUCCUGUACAACUAACUGCCUGGCUCCCAUCACCAAGGUUAUCAACGACAACUUUGGCAUCAUUGAGGGUCUCAUGAGCACAGUUCACUCCGUCACAGCCACUCAGAAGACUGUUGACGUGCCCUCCGGUAAGCUGUGGAGAGAUGGACGUGGUGCCAGCCAGAACAUUAUCCCUGCCUCCACCAGCACCUCUAAGGCGCAAGCUGACCGGCAUGGCCUUCGUGUCCCCACCCCCAACGUGUCCGUGGUUGACCUGACUGUCUGUCUUGAGAAGGACGUAAGUCUCGUCACCUCUCUACGCUUUUUGGGGUAUUUUAUUGAAAUACAAGAUGUUCUACACAAGUACAGCUACUCUUCGAUCCCAGGCUGUGUCACAGCCGGCCGUGACUGGGAGGACCCAUGAGGCGGCGCACAGUUGGCCCAGCAUCGUCCGGGUUAGCGGAGGGUUUUGCCGGCCGGGAUUUCCCUGUCCCAUCAUGCUCUAGCGACUCCUUGUGGCCGGCCGGGUGCCUGCAAGCUGACUGCGGUCGCCAGAUGGAUGGUGUUUCCUCCAACACAAUGAUGUGUCUGGCUUCCGAGUUAGAAGAUUUUAUUUUAAAAGAAACGACUAUUAAUGUUAAUCUGAGAGACUCUGAUGUUAUGUUUUAUUUUGAUCCAAAUGAUAUGGACCCUGAUUUAACUUUCAUUGUUCAUUUGUUUAUCUUUCAUGGAAGAUUAUUCAUCCAUUAUCCAUAAAACGAAGUGGGCAGAGAACAAACCCCUCUUCACAUUAUUUAAGAUAGAAUUGAAAUAUUAUUUUGUAAUUAUCAUUGAAUGUAAAAACAAAAAAGCAAUACGCACCAUAAACGUUUUUGACAGAUUGAAAA